AGUUACGACACAACUGUCGUAAAUGGCUAGAAUAUUGAAAUUGAAUGCCCCUCUGCGUACAAAAAAAGUCUUGCCGCUCUUUUGUAUAUGUUAAGUUUGAACUUUUCUGAAUAAUUUGGGUAGGCCAUCGCACAGAUGACCAAGCGGAGAGCAGAGAACAUUUUGCCUCCCGAAAUCCCCAGUAAAAGAAGUUUUCGUUCUCUCUUCAACAUCGACAACCCUGUCGCAGGUGUGAAUGUGAUUCAAAACGCUAAUACAUCCUCGUUGUUGUCAUUCUCUGAAGAACGCUGCAGGAAAAGACCAAAGUUUUUCGAUGACCCGCUGGAUAGCAUUAACCUGCCGAGAAAAGUGUCUGCAAACAGGGUUGUUUCAGUGCUGGCAGAUAAGAACACAUGCAAGCCUAGAACAUUCGAGGAUGCUGGUAGAUCUGCUGUCACGCGGCGGUCAUCUUGCGCGCUUCAAACUGAGUCAAAUAAACUGCCAGACGAAGAAAAUAACCUUACUGCAGGAGACAAGGUGAUGCACACAGAUGAGGACCUCUCUCCAUUCAAUUCCUUCCAGUUCUGGCAGGUUCCACUGCCUGAGUUGGAUCUCUCUCUCUUGGAGACUAAACCCUCAGCUGGGUCCUGCACAGCCUCUUCCACCAAAGACUUAGAGGCGAUGGAAACCUGAGGAGAUCGCCAAUGCACAGUGACAGGUUCAUUCUUGUUUAGAUGUUGAAUAGGUGUUGCCAAAUCACGCGACUGGACAUGAGAUGAUUCCUCCUGAUCUGCACUAGAUGAAUGUAUGAGCAAAGCCGUGUGCUUUUUAUAAUUUGUGAGCCUCCAACACAAGCAACACCACACGUCAUGGUCAUGUGAACUCAGUCCUCUCCUAUUUGAAUCAUGUGCUCAGAAGUGUGACAGCAUAAUGCUGUAUUGAACUGUCCAUGUUCAACUGUUUUUUUUCUGUUAGUAGCUGUAAAGUUUUAAAAUUUUGAAGGUGACCCAAAGCCUUUCUUUUACUUGAACUGAGCCAGAUUUUUAGCACUGUUUAUGGUGCUUAAAGGUAUUAGUCACUUUUAUU